CAUUUUCAAAUCCAUUUUCUGAGAGGGAAACAGGCAACUUUACUGCACGCAAAUAUAGGGCCACUACUGUCAAAAAUGGCCCCGAAGCGCUCAACGAAGACGGUGGUGAAGACCACCAAGCAAGUUGUGAGAGAAACAGUUCAAGCCUCAUCAGUGGUUCAAAGCAAAAGGCAGAAGAAGCAGAGUGAAGACAGUAGUGAUCAAACUCGGGAGCCAGUCAAGACUAUCAAGACUAUUUCCAUUGAAACCCAAGAAGAAAAUCAAACCCAAAACGUGGAAAUCUCAGAGCCACUCAAGACUAGAAGGAUCCCCAUUCAAACAGAAGAGGAAAACCAAAUCCUAAAGGGCCAACACGCUGAAGCAAAAACCACUCUCACUUCUGAUCAGAAAGAGGCAGCAGAAGAAGAAGAAGGAGAAGAAGGAGAAAAGAAAGAAGAUCAGGAAGAUUCAGUGGAAACCAAUAUAAUUUCUGAUGAGAAAGAAGAUGAACAGAAAAGUGAAGAGGUCAAGACCCAAGAAGGAGAAAAGGAAGAUUCCAUGGAAACCAAUACAACUUCUGAUGAGAGAGAAGAAGAGAAAGAAGAGCACAAAAGUGACGAGGUGAAGACCCAAAAAGGAGGCAAGAAAAGUAGUGAGAAGAAGAGGAAGAGGAGAGAGAGAGGUGGAGGAGAAGAGUACAAGAUAUAUGUGCAUAGGGUUUUGAAGCAGGUGCACCCUGGCAUGGGAGUGUCGUCCAAGGGCAUGAUAGUGCUAAGCAAUUUGAUGAACGACAUGUUUGAGAGGCUGGCGGAUGAGGCAGCGAGGCUGACCAAGUACACGGCAAGAAAAACCUUGUCGUCUAGGGAGAUUCAGGGGGCAGUGAAGCUGGUUUUGCCUGGUGAGCUCGGGAGACAUGCCAUGGCGGAGGGGACCAAGGCUGUAUCAACCUAUGCGUCCAAUAAUAAUGGAAGACAGUCCAAGUCUUAAUUAAGAUCUAACGAAAACAAGAGUCUUAAUUAGGAUUUCGUUUUAGUUUGUUUAUUUAUAUGUUUCUUUCUUUUUGUAAAUUGGUCUUCUUUCUUUCUUUCUUUGUAAAAGGGUUCGGAUAACCAUGUAUAGAGGAUGGCGUGUGAAUAUUGAUCCACCUGUUUUGGUUAUGAAUU